AUGAAAGUAAAUACCUUUUACAGGGAUGAAAUAGACCAUGCAGAAGAGGCAAAACUUGCUGAUGCCAUGAAAGCAGAUGGCUACAAACCCACAACGAAGAAAAUUGAUAUGUCUCAGCUUUUCCAAAUAUUGACUGUCAAAUCUCCCGAAAAAUAUGCCAACAAGACUCUGUAUGAAGUCCUCCACGACAGAAACACGUGGCAAGAGGGGGUCGUGAACCAUCUGCAGAGGGAGGUCGAACGCGGGGAGCACCUCGCUUUCUGUUUACCGAGGAAUGUCAAUAUGAACAGCAUGAAACCCCAGGAAAUGACCUAUCCCAAAUUGAGGCUCUUAAACCUGAACCCAAGUCAUGCAGUAAAAAUCAAGAGUUAGCUGGUUCUCUCAUGCAUCGCGCCGUCCUGGACACUGAGGGCAAAUACGUCAUGCUGUGGACUCCAGGGGAAGAGGAUAUUACUUUCGAGAUCCAAGUG